AUGGUCGUGAAUGGCAAGUGGCUCAGCCUCUCAAGCCCCCGACAACUUCUCCACAACCCCCCCAAAACAACUCAGAACUGUCGUCUAAUGCACAACCCAACUACAACGGUACAAUGUUUCUCGGACGGCGCCUGGGAUAAUGUGACUGGUAGGGGGGGAAUGAGAUGGAUCAUUAAAAACAAAGACGGGACUACACUGCUCCAAGGCUCUUCUCACCGACGCUAUGUCGCCUCAGCUAUGGUAGCUGAAGCACUGGCAUUGAAAGAAGCCAUCUCCGUUGCUACUAAUGCAGGUUUUACAGACUUACUAUGUCUUUCAGAUUGUAAAAGUCUCACGGAUCUCAUCACGGGAAACUCUUCUGUGACUGCUAUUCAAGGCAUCCUCCACGACAUUGGCGUGAUGAGUCGAUCCUUGAACUCUAUCUCCUUUUCCUUUAUCCCUCGUAUUAAGAACGAAGCUGCUAAUAGAUUAGCUAAAGCAGCCCUUGUUGUUGCUUCGCCUAUCUCAGUUAUGUUGUAA